UAAACCCUCUCUUACUUACCAGUCUCUUUGUCCUUUGAUUUUUUCUUCGUAGUAGCCAAACAGCUCCUUAGAUCUAACAGAUAUGGGAGACACAGAGACAUUUGCUUUCCAAGCUGAGAUUAAUCAACUUCUCAGUCUUAUUAUCAAUACUUUUUACAGUAAUAAGGAGAUCUUUCUUCGUGAACUUAUCAGUAAUUCUUCCGAUGCUUUGGACAAGAUCCGCUUUGAGAGCUUGACUGACAAGAGCAAGCUAGAUGGUCAACCAGAGCUCUUCAUCCAUAUUAUCCCAGACAAGACCAACAAUACCCUCACUAUCAUUGAUAGUGGUAUUGGAAUGACAAAGGCUGAUCUGGUGAACAACCUGGGUACAAUUGCGAGGUCAGGAACCAAGGAAUUCAUGGAAGCUCUUGCAGCUGGCGCUGAUGUUAGCAUGAUUGGGCAGUUUGGUGUUGGUUUCUAUUCUGCUUACUUGGUAGCUGAGAAGGUUGUUGUGACCACAAAGCACAAUGAUGAUGAACAAUAUGUAUGGGAGUCUCAAGCUGGUGGUUCUUUCACUGUUACCAGGGAUACAUCUGGAGAGAACCUUGGCAGGGGUACAAAAAUGGUCCUCUAUCUCAAGGAGGAUCAGCUUGAAUACCUUGAAGAACGUAGGCUCAAGGACCUGGUUAAGAAGCACUCCGAGUUCAUCAGCUACCCCAUCUCUCUGUGGGUUGAGAAGACCAUAGAGAAGGAAAUUUCUGAUGAUGAAGAGGAAGAGGAGAAGAAAGAUGAGGAGGGAAAGGUAGAGGAGGUUGAUGAGGAAAAGGAGAAGGAAGAAAAGAAAAAGAAGAAGGUUAAAGAAGUUUCUAAUGAGUGGUCGCUGGUCAACAAGCAGAAGCCCAUUUGGAUGAGGAAGCCUGAAGAGAUCACGAAGGAAGAGUAUGCUGCUUUCUACAAGAGCUUGACUAAUGACUGGGAGGAGCAUCUGGCUGUGAAGCACUUCUCUGUUGAGGGCCAGUUGGAGUUCAAGGCCGUUCUUUUUGUUCCAAAAAGGGCUCCUUUUGACCUCUUUGACACAAAGAAGAAGCCAAACAAUAUCAAGCUGUAUGUCCGCCGUGUCUUUAUUAUGGAUAACUGUGAGGAGUUGAUUCCUGAAUACUUGAGUUUUGUGAAGGGUAUUGUGGAUUCCGAGGACCUUCCUCUUAACAUCUCCAGAGAGACAUUGCAGCAGAACAAGAUCCUAAAGGUUAUUCGCAAGAAUUUGGUGAAGAAGUGUGUUGAGCUAUUCUUUGAAAUUGCAGAGAACAAGGAGGACUAUAACAAGUUCUAUGAGGCCUUCUCUAAGAACCUCAAGCUUGGCAUCCAUGAGGAUUCUCAGAACAGGUCAAAGUUUGCUGAACUGUUGCGGUACCACUCCACCAAGAGUGGUGAUGAGAUGACCAGCUUGAAGGACUAUGUGACCAGAAUGAAGGAGGGCCAGAACGAUAUUUACUACAUCACUGGUGAGAGCAAGAAGGCCGUGGAGAACUCACCCUUCCUUGAGAAACUGAAGAAGAAGGGCUAUGAGGUUCUUUACAUGGUCGAUGCCAUUGAUGAAUAUUCAAUCGGUCAGCUGAAGGAGUUUGAGGGCAAAAAGCUUGUUUCUGCUACCAAGGAAGGUCUCAAGCUUGAUGAGAGUGAAGAUGAGAAGAAAAAGCAGGAAGAAUUAAAGGCGAAGUUCGAGGGACUGUGCAAGGUCAUGAAGGAUGUGCUAGGAGACAAGGUUGAAAAGGUUAUUGUUUCUGACCGUGUUGUGGACUCUCCCUGCUGCUUGGUCACUGGCGAGUAUGGCUGGACUGCUAACAUGGAGAGAAUCAUGAAGGCACAGGCACUUAGGGACUCUAGCAUGGCUGGAUACAUGUCUAGCAAGAAGACCAUGGAAAUCAACCCAGAGAAUUCCAUCAUGGAUGAGCUGAGGAAGAGAGCUGAUGCAGACAAGAAUGACAAAUCUGUGAAGGACUUGGUUCUCUUGCUUUUUGAGACUGCCCUUCUCACCUCAGGUUUCAGCCUUGAGGAGCCAAACACCUUUGGCAACAGAAUCCACAGGAUGCUGAAACUUGGUUUGAGCAUUGACGAUGAAAGCGGAGAUGCAGAUGUUGACAUGCCAGCAUUGGAGGAUCCUGAAGCUGAUGCCGAGGGCAGCAAGAUGGAGGAGGUUGAUUAAACUCCGCAAUUAAUGGUGGUGGUUAUUCUAUGGUUUCCUUAGUAUUUCCCAAUUUUUGUUUUUGCCCAUCAGCGGACAAUAUGUGAUAGGGUACUUAAUGCCGUUCUUUCAGAAUGGUAGUUUAAUGUAGGUUACUUAUAAUUUUACCGGAUAUUUUGUUUUGAUGCUUGUGGUUAAUAUAGUAUUUUUCUUCUUGCUUUCUAUCAA